CUCAUCUCGUCUCUGUUCAUCUGCUUCGACACGUUCCUGGGGCUGCCGUCUACUAAGAUAUCCGCUGGGACAAUCUCAAUAAGCUUAUCUGAAACGACUUUAGUUCUUCAUCGCGUCUUUCCUGUUAUUUUUAUCCAUCUCUCCUCCCCUUCCUGCCCGCUCGUCUCUUUUCCCCCAGCCACACCCUCGUUUUCUCCCUUUUCUCCCAUCCCUUUUUCUUUCUUUUUUUUUUUUCAGGUCUCUACUCUGCCCUCCCUUCUGUCUAGCUGCUCUCUCUCGCCCCUUUUUUUUUUCUAUCCCAUUCGCAAUGCGCGGCCGUGUUGCGUGUUGUCAAUCGUAGUCCCUCCUUGAUCUCUGGGCAGCUUCAGUCUGGAUUGGGCUGACGCCUCGUCCUUCCCCUCACUUGUAUCCUGCCGGGUAUCCUGCCGGCCUGGACAUGGGAUCGCUCGUCCUCAACCACCUGCAGUUAGAUCAAGCGCAUUGCAGCCCAUACACGAUGCUUGGAGGCGCGAUCAAUCAGGCCACAACUCCGUCUGAGGCUAUCUAUCGACAUCCAUCUUCUCGUCCGACGUCACAGCUCGAAGCCAGGCCGUCCUCCUCCAAUAACGCCCCGAUCUCUGCCACCGCCCCGCGCGCAACCGCCCAUCUCUCUUCCCACCCGCCGCAUGGUGUCCCCACCUAUUCCAGCACUUCGCAGUCUCGUUCCCUAACUCAUCGCCAGCCCGACACGCGGGCCUCGUCCACUGCUCCCGCAUCUGCCUACGCUGAUCCAUCCAUAUCGAUGACCUCAUCCACCUCUGUCAGCCAUGCUCCUCCUUCGACGUAUCCUGUCUCUGACGAAACGGCGGACCCUUCGCGACACGCGUACAGCGUUAGCCAGGCGACAAAGGCCAUGGACGCCAUGUCCUACGACGGGGGCCAAUUGUCCCCAUCCUCUCCCCAGUUACAACCGACUUUUCGAUCGUUCCGUUCCCUAGGAAACUCGGAGGCCACAUCUCCUAGCCGCAUCAAAGUCCGCGAUCUUUCUCAUAUCCAGAGCUUCGCGAGCGAAGAGUUUCUGGCCCAGACACAUCAAAACCAGGUGUCCGGGCAAUGGUUGCAGGAACGCCAGUACGAGAUCAGCUCCAUGCCGGUCACGGAUGUCAUCGAGAUGGUCGCUAGUCUCCUCACCAAGAUCACCGCCACCAACGAUAUGUACCAUGACCAUAUCCAUCGCCACAUUCCCCCGCCAGACGGUACAGCGAGUCUCAGCCCGCAGGCCACGAGCGUCCUCGCUUUUCACGGCAAAAAUGUGCCUAGCAUCACCAUUCUCAGCUAUCUCAGUCGUAUUCACAAGUAUUGCCCAACAACCUACGAAGUAUUUCUAAGCCUAUUGGUCUACUUUGAUCGCAUGACCGAAACGGUCAACAGAGGUCGAGUUGAGCAACUGCGUCGCCGCUGGAGUCUCUCGUCUUCCCAACAUGAUGUCUCCCCACGACCUGCUCCUGCAGAUCCGUCGAGCACGAGGCACCCAUCAGCCUCUCCUAUGGCAACGCCACCAUCCUCUGCAGGGCUGGCUGCGCAGGACGGAAAGAGUCCGGCGUCGUCCGCAUCGUCUUCGCUAUACUCGCAGGGCGACGCGGAAAGUUUGUCCCAUUUCUUCGUUGUCGAUAGUUUCAACAUCCACCGGUUGAUCAUUGCUGGAGUAACUUGCGCCAGCAAAUUCUUUUCUGAUGUUUUCUAUACCAAUUCACGAUAUGCAAAAGUAGGUGUUUUCUUCUCUCUGGUGCUUUUCUACAUAUCACUUUCUUUGCUCAUUUGCCUGUGUCUUGGUCAAGCACGGUUAAUCAUUCUAUGAGUACAGGUGGGAGGACUUCCCCAAGUCGAACUGAACCAUCUUGAGCUCCAAUUCCUUAUCCUAAACGACUUUCGCCUUGCUAUCUCCGUCGAAGAGCUCGAAGUAUAUGGCACGAUGCUGGUGGAAUUCUAUGCGAGAGAGAUUGUGGCCCAGAGACAGCACCAACUACAACAAAUGGCGGUACCGGAAUCGAUCAAUCCGAAACCAGAGGAUAUCUACACACGGUCCCGCGAUAAACGCCGCACUAGCCAUGCCGAGGUCCACCAAACACCAACGCCGCCGUAACUGGUAAUGGAAGGUGGUUGCGUCCUUCUCGAGGCAUGGACAUGUUGCUACAGGCAGGUUCCUUUUUGGCGUGACAGGAUAUCGUUUGUCUAUGGACUGCGUCUUCGGUAGAUAAACUGUACCACGCAGCAUUAUAUUUUUUUUCUGACAUCACGUACCUUCUACGCACACAUUUACAUUUUUCUUUUGCCUGUCAUUCGCAUAUCCUCGGGGUAGCGACGGAAUUGAAUUAAAAUUAUUUAUGCGAUAGAGUGUCUGGGCCUUGCAUGUUACCUCUUUUCUUUUCUUUUCUCUUUUUUUCCCUCCCUUUUGGCCGGUAUUGUGAACUUCUUAUUCCUUUGUCGCGCUCACCACUUCUUACCAACAUCUAGCAAAUAUUUAAUUGUUUUUUUUUUUUAUUUCUCAUUUUUACACUUUGCGCAAAGCCCUUCAUUUCUUUCCACUUUCCAUGGAACUGGUGUUUACAGGCGCUCUCGGGUUUUUUAUUUCUAUUAUUCAUCUUUUCCGUUCGAUCAGCCCAGAUGGACUCGUGGGUGGUUCUUAGAGGAAGUCCCUUAUAACUAGUCUAGUUUUUUUAAAACCAGGUCUACUACUCGGUCCUAUUUAUUCUCUUCUGUUUUUACUGGUGGUGUUACUUGUAUACAUGCUUUCUGUUUGUUUGUCGCUUUCCUUCGGAUAACUACCAUUACGUCUUGUAAUUGAUCGCUUCAUUUUUCGUAUUCGGCUCUUUACUAAUACCUUUUUCGUAUGUUUAUUCUCUUACAAUGAAGAUGACUCUC